AUGUCGUUGUUCCCUUUCGAUGACGAUCGUCGUUUCUACUUCCCCGUGCAGCGUUAUAUGGAUCGUGUUUAUGAUGACCUUAUGAGUGAAUUUCGCCGUUCGAUGCGUACUUCGGUUAUGCCUUAUUGGUUACAUCAGCCUCUUUUACAACAAUGCAACAUUGGUAAUGCAGUUGGGAAGGUCGGUCGAUCGCCGCCCGCAUGUUAUAUGUGGUUGUGUGCGAACAUUGUUGAGUUUUUGAGUGCUUCAAUGCAAUGCUUCUUUUUUGGUUUAUUGAUUACAUGUGGUAGAUGA